AUGGCGAAGUACCGUCUGGAAGAUCCGAACAAGGUCGAUAGUGUUCAAACUGUUCAAGCUUGCCGCUACAUGAGUCUUGGACAAGCGCCCUCAAGUCGAGUCUUUCUCGAGGGCAUAUAUACGCCUGGAGAAAGUGGUUGCCACCAGCUCGAAUUGAGUUCCAUCGGUUUCGCGACUCUUAGCAUCAAUGACACUCUUGUUGCCUGUACCGAAGGUGACACCGUAGACCCAGUCGCUUUCCUCCAGGAAAAUGCUGAAGGUACAAGAGAGUCGUUCACCUUUGGACAAGGAAGGUCUUGUCUCUCCAAACUCGAGGUAAGGCAGUCGCCCAAUACCUCUGGCUUUCUCUUACGCAAUGGUGCCAUGGGUAUCUCUCUCGGGCUCAUGGAACAAUCAGUUGUCGAAAGUGACUUGCUUGCUCCAGCCGUCGAAGCUGCUAGGAAUGCAGAGGUCGCUGUUGCUUUUGUUGGUAACACGACUGCCUGGGAGUCCGAAGAUCGCGACAUGGACUCUACGAAUCUGCCUGUCAACAAUUCACAGGAUGAACUGGUCGCUGCUGUGGCCGAGGCAAACCCUAACACAAUCGUCGUUAUCUCAACUGGCGUUCCGGUAGUCACGCCAUGGAUUUCCAGUGUCAAAGCUGUCAUCCAGACCUGA